UACAUAAGAAAUUAACACUAAUGAUUAAUUAAAUCAUAAAAUGCCAUAAUGAACACAACUACCCACGUUUAUUAAGCCUUAAUUCAUAAACAUUUGGUAUUUGCCCAUUUCUCUCUCUACAAUACUCACUCACCUCUGUUCGUCUCUUCAUUCAACAUGUCAUAUGUUAACAGAUCAUUUUUCACUUUUUUACUUCUCAUUUUCUUCACUCUUUUUUUCUUCUCAUUCUCUGAUGCCUUUCAAGAUUUGGGUUCUUCUUCUUUUCAAGGGGUGAUAAAAUGGGAGAGUAAUAAUAGAAGAAUUGUAGCAGAAACUGUUGAAGGAAAUGCUUCAUUGAUAUUGGCAGCUAAGAACACAUAUAGAAGAGACCCAAUCAAUCAUUUUAAUCGUUACACUGGUGGUUGGAAUAUUAGCGAUACUCAUUAUUGGGCUUCAGUGGCUUUUACAGCAGCCCCAUUCUUCAUUAUUGCUGCAGUGUGGUUUGUGAUUUUUGGGCUGACUUUGAUCGGUACCUGCCUAUAUUUCUGCUGUUGUAGAAAAGCACCAUAUGGUUAUUCUCGAAUCUGCUACGCUCUUUCACUCAUUUUGCUGGUACUUUUCACUGUUGCUGCAAUAAUUGGUUGCAUAUUUCUCUACACUGGCCAGGGAAAGUUUCAUGCUAGUACAACAACAACUCUGCGUUAUGUUGUGGUGCAAGCGAAUUUUACAGUUGAAAACCUUAACAAUGUCUCACGGUAUCUUGACGAAGCGAAGAACAUUGGCGUGGGGCAGUUGAGGCUUCCUGAAAAUCUUCAGAAUAAGAUCAAUGAUAUUCAGACGAAGAUGAAUACUGCUUCUAAUAUGCUUGAUGACAAAACCCAGGAAAACUCCAGGAGGAUUCGACACGUCUUAGAUCUAGUGAGGCUGGCCCUGAUUAUCCUUGCCGCAGUGAUGCUUUUACUGGCAUUUGUUGGAUUCUUGCUGUCAAUUUUUGGAGUGCAAUGUCUUGUGUACACAUUGGUCAUUGCUGGUUGGCUUCUAGUGACAUUAACAUUCAUCUUGUGUGGAGUUUUUCUUGUCCUCCACAAUGUGGUUUCAGAUACUUGUAUAUCCAUGAAUCAAUGGGUCCAAAACCCUACGGCACAUACAGCAUUGGAUGAUAUCUUGCCUUGUGUAGACAACGCAACUGCACAAGAAACUCUAACAAGAUCUAAAGAAGUCACUAAUCAACUAGUCGACAUGGUUAACUUGGUGCUUGGGACUAUUGCCAACACCAAUGUACCGCCCAACACUCCUCCGCCAAUUUACUUCAAUCAAUCAGGUCCGUUGGUGCCUAAUCUUUGUAAACCUUUCAACUCAAAUUUCACUGAUCGCACAUGUGUAUCGGGUGAAGUCGACUUCAACAACGCAACCCAGGUAUGGAAGAGCUAUACUUGCCAGGCAAAAAAAGUAAGCGGGAACGAGAUUUGUACAACCACAGGACGACUGACACCAACAAUAUACAGCCAAAUGAGUUCUGCGGAGUCUGUUGGAUUUGCUUUGUAUCAUUACACACCGUUUUUGGUGAACCUCCAAGAUUGCACUUUUGUGCGCACCACUUUCAACGACUUUAGUGUCAAUUACUGCCCAGGAUUGAGGAAAUAUACCCAAUGGAUCUAUGUUGGUUUAGUGUUGGUCUCUGCUGCUGUUAUGUUUUCCUUGAUUUUCUGGGUUAUCUAUGCUCGUGAACGAAGGCACCGUGUUUAUACUAAGCAAUAUGAUGCUGCUCAUCACUAAACUUACAUGUAUUCACGAGAGAUUUUUCCGCUCAGUUAUGUUUAUUCUUUUGUGUAUACAGAAGUAGCGUGCAAGACAACGAGAGUUCCAUGUACAUUAUUGCGUUCGUAUUUUGAACCUAGACAGACAUUUAUGUGGAGAAUCUGUUAGAAGUAGAUAGAAACGGUUCAUUUCCUGUGUUACUAUAUUUUGCUGCUGUAUGAGGCUGAGCAUCUAGACGGUAUCCGAUAGACGAUAUGGAACCCAGAGUGUUUAAUUGAUUUGUUUUGUGUUAGAUCUACUGUUUUUCUGUUCUUAUUGCGCUUCAA